AUGGCCCCAUUCUGUGGCGAGAAUGUUAGUGUCGCUCUGGGUCCACGCUACGGCCCACUCGGAAUAAUGGAUAUCACGAAGACGGAGGACUUCAGGCCAAACGUCUCGUACAUGUACGAUGCUGGGGUCGAACCCGACAACAUCAGUGUUACAGAACUCGACACGUUCACUUUGUCCACAAGUACUGCGGAAUUUAACGAAGAAAAAAGUUUUUGCUCGACGGUGUACACCGCCGCUUCCGAGAAGAUAAAAAUCCUCGCUGGAUACAUCAAAUCCUGUGGACGCUUCUGCAGUUGCUAUUCCUCGUCGGUGGUCUCUUAA